GGAUGACUUCCCCUCAGAAUAUGUCAGCCGUGUGUUGAAGGAGUCAAUAUCCAUCCAUGACCAUCCAUUGCCUAUGCCACUCAAAAGCGUGUUCCAGCUGUUGGUCCUGGGCAGCUGCUCCCCUGGCAAGUGGGUGAGGGAACUACACUGCAGCCCCCCAGGUCUGAGGAGGGUGCAAAACCAUAAGGAGCAAAGUUAAAACAAAAUGGAGGAUCCAUGCUGUGGUCCAGCAAGAGGCAGAAGGAAGACCAGAUGAUCGAUAAAAAGGAAUCAACUUGUAUUUUUCAAGACUGGAACAACGAACGGCAUUUCCUGAGGAACUGCAAGGAUGAGCAGCGGGAAAGUCCAACAGUGGAGGAAAUGUGGAACUUUAGUAGUGCUCUUUCUUUUCCAAGUUCAGAUUUUUGGCUUCAAUGUUGACAAUCGACCUGCAACAGAUGUCUGCUCGACACACACAAUUUUACCUGGACCAAAAGGGGAUGAAGGUGAAAAAGGAGAUCAAGGGGAGAUUGGAAAACAUGGAAAAGUAGGCCCCAAAGGACCAAAAGGAAACAAAGGAACGGUGGGGGAUAGUGGUGAUCAGGGGAUGAUUGGGAAAAUUGGUCCAAUUGGUGGAAAAGGUGACAAAGGAGUCAAAGGUUUAUCUGGGGUGUCUGGAGGAAAGGGAAAAGCAGGCACAGUCUGUGACUGUGGGAGAUACCGCAAAGUUGUUGGACAACUGGAUAUUAAUGUUGCUCGACUCAAGACAUCCAUGAAAUUUGUCAAAAAUGUCAUCGCAGGAAUCAGGGAAACGGAUGAGAAAUUCUAUUACAUUGUCCAAGAAGAAAAGAGCUACAAGGAGGCUGUGACCCACUGCAGGAUCAGAGGGGGGAUGCUGGCAAUGCCAAAGGAUGAGGCCGCCAACGCACUGAUUGCUGACUACAUCUCCAAGAGUGGCCUCUUCCGUGUAUUCAUUGGGGUGAACGAUCUGGAAAAGGAGGGGCAGUUCAUGUAUGCAGACAACACCCCCCUGCAGAAUUACAGCAACUGGAAGGAAGGGGAGCCGAAGGAUGGGUCUGUGCACGAGGACUGCGUGGAAAUGCUCAGCACGGGAGAGUGGAACGACUCAGAGUGCCAUCUGGCUAUCUACUUUGUCUGUGAGUUCAAGAAGAGAAAAUAAAAUGCCAGACAGAGUGCUUGCCAUGCAGCUUGUGACCUACAAUAAUUCCUUCUGAUGUAUCCAUUCUUGGUGACACAUUGGGCAGGGCAGAGGGACAGGGCCUGGUGCUGCACUCACAUAAGCUUGUGCGUUUUAGUCCAUGGAGUUACAUGGGUGUAUGCUGAGUCAGAAUCAGGCCUGCAGGCUUCCUGGCUUCCCAACUAAUGGGCAAUCUCUCUGAUUUUUAUUUGAGGUUUAAAGUUCUUGGGCUAAAUGUAGAAUCAGUGUGAGUGAGUGUCACAGUAUAUGAAUGACAGUGAAUGACAGAGUGACAGUAUAUGAAUGGGGAAAGCAAUUGGUUGUGCAACAUUUCAAUAGGCUUCUCAAACUCAAUGGAGGGAGAGAGUGAGUUUUCUUAGCUACACCAGCACUGCAACUGGGAGAGGCGGGGCACAACCACACAGCUCCCUGUGGUAGAUGCCACAGGAAGGCACAGUAUUUUUUGCAGCUCCCUGGUUGCCUUAGGGGGUGGAGAAGUACUGAGCAAUGUCCCUUUAAGAGCUACUAAACAACUCCUCUACUACCUGAGUGGCUGGACAGAUAUGCUCACCUUCACAUCUCCCUGCCCAGUUUUUCUGGAAUGAGGGAGACUGGCCCUGGAAUUCCAAGGAGGUGCUGGACCACUGUCCUGUUCAUCCUUUUUCUUUCUCUUUUUUGGCUGGCUGUGGGUUCUGUUCU